ACAAAGUCCGCUGAGGAGCCGCUCCUCGGUCACCUUCUUGAAUGCUGUGCGUGCGUGUGAGUGAGUGAGCGUGUUUGUGAGAGUCACGGAGAGGCUGGAGGAACACGUCCCCCGUCUCACGGACCCUCACGCACAUGCAGGAUGUCCGCGGAGCGCCGGGGAGUCCCGCUCCAGCUCAGCACGACUUCAUGACGCUCUGGGCCGCCUCGUCAUGCGUCUCCUGCCCGAGCCCAGCGCUCAGUCCCUCCGGAUCUUGUUCCUCUUUAUCUUCGUGAUGGGGGUGGCCCCUUCCCCGGCUCUGACAGCCGGCUGCCCCGACAGAUGCGUGUGCGACGAUCAGCUGGUGGUCCAGUGCGCCGGCCAGGAUCUCACUGUGUUCCCCAACGACCUGCCCCUCGCCACCCGCCAGCUCAUCAUCUCCAACAACCGCAUCGGAGACCUUCCGGCGCUGCAACUCAACUACAUGUCCGAUCUGGUGUAUCUGGACUGCAGCAACAACUCUUUGACUGAGAUCUCAGAGUCUACCUUUGGGAACCUGCGGAAACUCGCCUAUCUGGACUUGUCCUUCAACACCCUGGUCCAGAUUGAGGACCGGACUUUCGGGCCUCUGGCGUCUUUGGUGAUGCUCCGGUUGACGGAUAACCAAGGUCUCAGUGAGAUCCACCCAGAUGCCUUCUCAGAGAACGUAGCUCUGCAGGUGCUGGAUGUGAGCCGGAACAACCUGACGGUCUUGAACAUUAGCGCCCUGAUCGCCCUGCCGGCUCUGAGGUCUCUGGGGCUCAGCGGGAACCCCUGGCGGUGCGACUGUGACACGGAGGACCUCUGCCUCUGGGUGCAGAUAGAGAGCUUCAAGUUUCAAGAUGAGGGCCAGACUGUUUGCCAGAGCCCCGCGGAGCUGGCAGGCCAGCGACUGGCGGAGGUGGGCAUGCAGCUGCGAGCAGACUGCCACCAAGGCCUGGGCUACUGGGACUACCUCUUCUUCAUCGCCAUCGGCUUUGUUAUCUUCUCAGCUGGCACAGUGUCAGCAUGGGUGAUGGGGGUGCUCAUGGUGCUGUAUGAUCGCUACACCAAAAGGAAAAGCGAGCAGCCGGACAGCGACGAUGAGGACGACAGAGGAGGAGGAGGGAUGGGAGGUGGGGGAGGAGGAGGAAACCAGGGGAACGGGGAUGUGAGCAAGCCGAGCAUGCAGGUGUGA